CGGAAUCCUUGGGACUUCUUAUAAACACAAUCUACGCGACGGCCCUACCCCGUCCCAGAAAGGAUAUACAACUCUCGCAUUUAAAUUGGUUCACAGCAAUUGCUUUGUUGUGCACCACCAAAGAUUUUACAGCACAGGUAGCUAAUUUCAACCAGAAAGUGUAUUUUGCUAGGUCAAUUCACAGCAUGGCUUGAUUUGUUGUUGGGCCAAGCGUACAGUACACGUGCCACACUCAUUACAUUAAUUUUACCCGUGGCUUAGCUAGCUGUUGUCAACAUUUCAAUUGUGAGUAUUUCAGUUUCAACUGCAGUGUUGUCAUUUCGACCUCGCGAGGGACGAGGGUAAACUAGUUUAGAAAAGUAACAGUGGGUCGAUCUCUGCUAAGUAGACAACAGAGCCAGAGAUGGCUAUCGCCCACGUCGCUACAGAGUAUGUGUUCAGCGAUUUCCUCCUGAAGGAGCCGGGUCAGGCAAGGUACCGCGCCGUGCGCACUGAGCUAGCCAUGGACAAGAUGGUGACGUGCGUGGCGGUGGGACUCCCUCUCCUCCUUAUCUCUCUAGCCUUCGCCCAGGAGGUCUCUGUGGGUGUUCAGAUCAGCUGUUUCCCUCCAGCUAACUUUUCCUGGCGUCAGGCCAUGUAUGUAGACUCCUACUGCUGGGCAGCCCUACACACUCACACUCUACCCUUAUGGCUACACAAGUUCUUCCCCUAUAUCCUGCUGCUGGUAGCAGUAAUUAUGUAUAGUCCAGCGGUGUUCUGGCGUUUCUCUGCCUCUCCUCUGCUUCAGUCAGACCUUAGCUUCAUCAUAGAAGAGCUCGACCGCUGCUACAACCGUGCUGUCACUCUGGCUAAACGCAUGGCCACUGCUGGGGAACACACAGACAGUGGUGCGUCCGACCCUACUGAGGGCUGUUUCAUGUACCCGGUGGUGGAGCAGUAUCUGCUGACCAAGAGGAGGAGUGUUGUGGUGUUGUGGCGCUACCUGCUGUGUCGAGGCCUCAACCUGCUCACCUUGCUUCUGGCCUGUGUCUACCUGGGCUACUACCUCCGCCUCGCCUCCCUCACUGACCAGUUCGGCUGUUCCCUGCGCACCGGACUCCUGGCCAAUGACACCUCAAUCCCCGACCAAUUACAGUGCAAGCUGGUCGCCGUGGGAGUAUUCACUUUGCUAAGCUUUGUUAACCUGCUGGUGUACGCCAUGCUGGUUCCCGUGGUGAUAUACUCCGCUCUGCGCCCUUUCUUUCAAUCACACACCCAUUUCCUGAAGUCCUACCAAUCACUGCCCACCAUCAGUGUUCUGCCCCUCCCGCAGGGCCAAUGGGAUGACCUGACGCUCUACUUCCUCUUCCUGGAAGAAAACCUCAGCGAGCUCAAGUCCUACAAGUACAUGAAGGUGUUGGAGUUGUUGAGGAGGAGGGGGGUGUGUGAGGGGGAGGACUUUGACGCCAUGGGACUGCUUCAGAUGCUAUGUCUGGUGAAGACUGAUGUCACGGACGGAAAGAGGAGCACCGCAGCUACCUUCAAUGCUAGUGACAAAACGACCAAUGCAAAUGCUAGCCUUGAUGCUAAAGCUAAUGAUAACCCUAUUGCUAAAGUCAGCCAUAUUGCUAAUGCUAACCCUGCUGCUGGGGAGGCUAGUAGCAAGGCCCCAACCCCCAGCCCAGCGUCCCCAGACUCAUGCCAAAGCCAGACCAGUGCCCCCGAAAUGACAGAAUUCUCUGCUUUGUUGCCAGGCAACAGUGCAAUGACAGGCGGAAGGCGGAGUGAUGAGGGGGCGGUCCGACAGCGAAUUAUCUGAUCGUUGCCAUGAAGGAACAGCCCCAGUGGGUUGUGGGACACUAGAAACCAGAGGUUCUAAUACCCAGAGAUCCAACAAGCCUUUAUCUAAACGACUCAGACUAAG